AUGUACAGGAGCCGGGUGGGGAGCUGUACAGCGUUCAUCUUCCAGAACCAGUGGAAAUAUCAGGGGUGGAAAUGUCGGGGACCAGUUAAAGAAUCAUUUCUGAUAUCCCAUGGCUGGAAAUGUCAGGUUCUAGCUAGAUGGUCAUUUCUGAAAUUUCAGGGGUGGAAUUGUCGAGUUCUAGCGAGAUUGUCGUUUUUAAAUCUCAGGGGUUGAAAUGUCAGGUUCUAGCAAGAUGGUCAUUUCUGAAACUUCAGGGGUGGAAUUGUCCAGUUCUAGCUAGAUUGUCGUUUUUAAAUGUCAGGGGUUGAAAUGUCAUGUUCUAGCAAGAUGGUCAUUUCUGAAAUCUAAGAGGUGGAAUUGUCGAGUUCUAGCUAGAUUGUCGUUUUUAAAUCUCAUUUGUUAAAAUGUCAUGUUCUAGCUAGAAAAUUUUUUCCGAUAUCUCAGUGGUGUAAAUAUCUGGUUCUUGUUAGUGAAUGUGAUUCAUCUCCGAUAUGUCAGGGGAGGAAAUAUCUGGUACUUGUUAGUGAAUGUGAUUCAUCUCUGAUAUGUCAGGGGAGGACAUUUCGGUUUCUAUUGAGUAAUUACUAAUUUCAUAUAUUUUAAUUAGUCAAUGUUAAUCAUUUCCAUCAAAUAAAUUUUUCAGAAAGAAUGUUAAAUAUUUAAUUUUAUAAGAUUGGAGUUAAGAAUUUGAUCAGAAUGAGUGGGCGGAUUUUAUCAAAGAAUGUUCCUUAUCUCUGCGGACAGGUAUCUGCUAUGCUUGGAAACACAAGUAUUUUUGUCAAGAUUAUCUGUCUUGUUGUCUUCUUCUGUUACUUUUUAUCCUUCUCUGAAACCGCUGUGAUCACCUUGUCAGUUACUCCAGGUUAUUUUAAUCCCCCUCAUUUCUGGAUCUGGACAGCAUUAACACACUGCUUCCUGGAGAUACACUUCUGGGAGGUUCUGGUUGAUAUAUUUACUAUGCUUCUUGUUGGCAAACUUAUAGAACCUUUAUGGGGAGCUUUGGAGAUGGUGACUUUCUUCUUCAUCAUCAACAGUGGGGUAGCUGUAUUGUGUGCUAUAUUCUACUAUAUCCUCUACAUGUUCACUUUCAAUACACAAUUACUGUUCGAUGUGCAUAUCCAUGGGCUCUCUGGGUACCUAGCAGGUGUGAGUAUGGCAGUAAAGCAAAUCAUGCCAGACUUGAUUCUCUUCAGGACACCACUAGGGAAAAUCACGAACAGAAACAUUCCCUUGCUUGUCUUUGGGCUCACCUUCAUCAUGUGGGCAAUAGGUAUGGUUGAAGGGUCCUACUGCACUAUGUUUGGAACAGGGCUGGUUAUAUCCUGGACCUAUCUCAGGUUUUACCAGGUUCACAACAACGGAACCCGCGGGGAUAUGGCGGACAGUUUUGCAUUCGCCACCCUGUUCCCUAACGUUGUUCAGCCUCCGCUCUCCAUCCUCUCCAAUCUCAUCUUCUCGCUGGCGGUCAAGUGCAGGAUCUGCAGGAAGCCGGUCAGGAGAUACGAUGUAGGAGCCCCUACAGGAAUAACCAUUUCCAUUCCCGGAGCUGAAUCCCAGGACUCGGAGCGCAGGAGACAAAUUGCUCUGAGAGCACUUUCUGAGAGAUUAUCUAAGAAUGACGCCUCUGGUUCACAGUGGCCAUCCAUGGAGGAACCUGAGAAAAGUAGCAGUCCAACCAGUAUUUCUGUUGAGUCCGGUUCUAUCCCCGCCACCCCGUCCCCCAGCCCACAUGGUGCACCUCAACCAGAACAACCUGCGCAGAAACCUGCGCAGGAAUCAUUAAUUUAGAAAUACGCAGAAGUCGUUUAAUUUUGCGAAAAAACACAGGAACAUCAAUAAAAAGAUGAAGCAGAAAUAAUGAUUUAAAAAUGCGCAAAAAAACAACAAACAAGAAAAACAAGAAAUCUAUCAAGAAAGUUCACAUGUUCAAGCACUGUACUAUUUUUCAUUCAAACCUAAUAUUCUAAUUUUUUUGGAAAAAUCUUCUGAAAGCUGUACAAUGUACAUCGUUUAUUCCGAUUAGUGAAAAUUGAAUUAAAUCACAUUGCCGUUGGAAUAUGUUGUGCAGAAAAAUAGAAAAAUUCAUGAUUCUGUGUUACAAGUAUGCUUUUUUUACGUUUUUAUUUCUUGUGAAAAGUUAUGUUUUUAGAGGUGGGGCAUAUUUUAGAUACAGUUUUAACAACAACAAAAUCUGGAUAAAUUGAUGUAAUAAGGAGUGUGCGAGUUUUGUUCGAACGGUUGGGGUUAUAUAUAUUAAAAUUUAUAGAACAAAUUAAAAUUCUUGACACCCCUCCUUGCUCUUGAUUUACAGUUGUAAUACAUAAACUGAAAAUGUGAUAUUUUUGUUUUUUCAGUUAUAACUGUUGAUAUAAGUAAAACGUUUAAUUUUUGUUGAAUUUUUAAAAGUUCAUGUCACGAAUUAAUGCACUAUUAAAAACUAGCUGAGGGACCCGGCGUUGCCCGUGCAAAAAACAAUUAUGAAAAAAAUUCUAGUUUUCUUUAGCCUAUAACACGCCCGAGCCACCCUUGAGUGUCCAAAAAAAA